AGCUGCAGACUACCUCCAGAGACACUAAGCUGGCUGCUGGAUCCUGUCAGUGCAGUUCUGUCAUUUGAUUGUGCUGUGAGUCUGUUAUUCCACUCACACACUGGCAGCCGCCUGAACAGAAGGGAAAGACUAGAGUCCUGCCGCUGUGCUCUACAAAAGCACUUUCUAAAAACAGCACUUGCCUAAUAAAGAUAUGGGGCUUGUGCGUUCACCGCUGGCUUUUCCUACACUAUAAAUACUCUUGCCGAAGAACAUUCAGGCUUUGCUCGUUCAAGGUUAGGAUCUGGUACAUACACUGUAACAAUAACAGGAUCUCUGCAGUACAGGACAGAAAGAUCAGUUUAAUCCAAAAAUGCCAAGGGUGGAUGCAGACCUCAAAUUGGACUUCAAAGAUGUCCUUCUCAGACCAAAGAGGAGUAGCCUUAAAAGCAGAUCAGAGGUGGAUUUGGUACGCACCUUCACAUUUAGAAACUCCAAGCAAACCUAUACUGGGAUCCCGAUAAUUGCAGCCAAUAUGGAUACUGUAGGAACAUUUGAGAUGGCCAGAACACUGAGCAAGAAUACACUGUUUACUGCAAUUCACAAGCAUUAUUCUUUAGAAGACUGGAAGAAAUUUGCCUCCACUUACCCAGAAUGUCUUGAGCACAUAGCAGCCAGCUCUGGCAGUAGCCAAACAGACCUGGAAAAACUAAGCAGCAUCCUGGAAGCCAUUCCUCUUAUCCGAUACAUUUGCCUGGAUGUAGCAAAUGGUUAUUCAGAACACUUUGUAGAAUUUGUGAAGACCGUCCAUGCCAAAUUUCCAAACCACACGAUUAUGGCUGGCAAUGUGGUUACAGGAGAAAUGGUAGAAGAGUUAAUACUUUCAGGUGCUGACAUCAUAAAAGUAGGAAUUGGGCCAGGAUCUGUUUGCACAACCAGGAUUAAAACAGGUGUUGGUUACCCCCAGUUGAGUGCUGUGAUUGAAUGUGCUGACUCUGCCCACGGGUUGAAAGGGCACAUCAUUUCCGAUGGUGGCUGCAGCUGUCCAGGAGAUGUCGCAAAAGCAUUUGGGGCUGGAGCAGACUUUGUGAUGCUUGGGGGAAUGCUAGCUGGUCAUGACCAAUGCACUGGAGAAAUUAUAGAAAAGAAUGGCAAAAAAGUGAUGCUGUUUUAUGGCAUGAGUUCAGACACGGCAAUGAAGAAACAUGCUGGCGGAGUAGCCGAAUACAGGGCUUCUGAAGGCAGGACUAUAGAGGUACAAUAUAAAGGAGAUGCGGAGAACACUAUUCGAGACAUCCUAGGGGGACUUCGAUCUACUUGUACAUAUGUUGGAGCGGCUAAACUCAAAGAGCUAAGCAGGCGGACAACUUUUAUCCGUGUCACUCAGCAGUUCAACCAGAUGUUUUCCUAAUAGAAUACUCGUAUAUCUUAUUAUAGUACAAUUUUAAUCACAGGCCUCUGCCUAGUUUUUAUAACUGGACAACUGAUUGUUCAGUGAUAACAUUUCACUGCAGAUGUGCACAAACUACUUAUGUACCAACAUUUAUCAGAUUACCACACUAUUUAUUAUUACUGAUUUAUUCCGGGGUUUUGGUUGUAUUUUUGGAAAAACUUUCCAUUUUAAUAUCAAUAUCAUAUUUAUAACACAAGGAAAAUAAUAGCCAAUGUAACUUAAAUAUACUGAAAUAUAUCUACUAUAGAUUUACUCAGCAUUAAUUUAUUUACAUAAUUUACAAUUUUUAAGUCAAAACUAUAUAUUAUUGUUAUGACAAUACUUAUUGUAUGGAAAAACUUCUAUAAAAAAAGUUAAUGGAUUGUAUUUAUGAGGACUUCAAUGUUUUUAAGCGCCAAAAUUAUUUAGGUUACAGCAACCUAUUGGUGGACUUUAAAGGACAUUCAAGGCCUUAAAAUGUACAAUAGUAAGUAUUUAUUUAAAUAAUAAGAGAAGUGGUUCAAAAAUCCUAUGCAUUGCCUAUAGAAAGUAUGUGAUUAUUUUUGCACGAAUAGGACUGUAUUUACUAUUAGGCUCAUUAUCUUCCCAUCCCUGCCUGAUUUCUGCUAACUUUACCAUUAAAAGCUUUAUACAUACUGUUUUCCUUAA